GCAAAUGUAUCCCGCAUGACAGAAGCAAAGAGUAGGCCACGUAAAUGGAACAAAUCUAAGAAUGGUUCAGAAAAUGGUCUUGCACAGAAGCAGCCAACACCCCGCCGAAGAUGUCAGCAGCCCAAAAUGCUGAGUAGCCCUGAGGACACCAUGUACUAUAACCAGUUAAAUGGAACUCUAGAAUAUCAAGGGAGCAAGAGGAAGCCAAGAAAACUUGGCCAAGUCAAAGUGCUUGAUGGUGAAGAUGAAUAUUACAAGUCCCUGUCACCUGUGGACUCCAUCCCAGAGGAAGAUAACUCAGCCCUCCCUUUCUUUUUUCCCUCGUCCUCAAAAGGAGCAUCUCCUGCUCAGCACUGAGCUGUAUUCCUGCCCCUCAAGUCUGUUGAGGGUAAGAACAAUCAUGGUAAUUGACUGAUUGUCAUGUAAAAAGAAAGCACUGCCAUGGGCUCAGUAUCUUUGGACACAUGGCAGAGCCUUACUGAACAAGUUUCAGAUUCUUAACCAUUUUCUCCUACCUCCCUUACCUUCCCCCACAUCUGCUCUGCAGCUUGAACUGAGUAAUCCCUUCUUUUUGCAAACCAUAAGUCUCUUGGGGACACUGAGCAACCUCCACUACAGCAAUAACCAUCAUUCAUGCCCCCAUCUAAGAGAGUAACAAUCUCACCAUCAGCCAGUUGUGAACACUGAUCAUAUUUCUUGCUUUUUCUCACCACAUCAAUCCACGCAGACUAUGCCCCUGUGAAAAGCCAGGACUUCCCUUCCUCCUUGCCCCUCCACCACAUCUCCUGCCCCUUUGCUGAUCUUUCAACCCUGCCCGCCUCUCCCCACGGUCAGGGCUCCAUUCCUGAGCAUCUCCAUACUGGAAGAGGACAGAAGGUCUCCUAGGCCAGGAUAAUUUUUGUAUGUUUAGGAGGCGAGGCCUAAGUUUUCCAUAUUCUUUCUAUAAAGGAAAUGAACUCCUCUCUUGCUAAUUAUUAUGCCAAGAAAGCCUUUGCCUCUUUACUCUACCCUGUCAAGACACCCUCAUUACCUUAGCAGUAAAAGGAAGAAAAUUUGGACUGGUCAGACUCCAUGUCACAUGGCGUUGCAACUUUCCAUUCUCUGGUUGCUGGAGCCAGCAGGCUGUGAGUUGCCACGGGAAAGCGUCUUGUCUCCUCCAUCUCUGUGUGCAGAGCCCAGCACAGCACCUGGCACCCAGUGGACAGUAAAUGCCCACCCUCAAGUGAAUGGGGAGAGUUAGUUAGCAUAUGAUAGGACAGUUACUUUCAAUUAUAUAUUAUACAUGGUUAAUCACUUUUAUUACACCAUAAGUCUUCAUUCAAGUAAUGAUGUACUAUAUAUUAUAAUACUCUAUAUUAUUCAAUACAACAAACUUUUUGAGCAAUUAUAUGCAAAACAAUAUGUGAGAUUUCUAUGUGAUAUAAAAACCCUAUAAGACCCUUUCUCCAGAACCGAUAUUCACAACAUUUUUCUUACUCCAAAAUACUUGGCAGAUGGUACACAUGGGAGUACUCAGAUUUUGAGGAAAAUAAACUUGAGGAAAUAGAAAUAAAACUGUUUCCAGAAUUUUAAAGGAGAGAUUUCUAAUAUAUAUUUUACAAACGUAAAUAAUGAAAUGAGGCAUUUAAAGAUCUCAGAAAUUAUAAUUUUAUAAGAAAGAGAAAUAGAACCAAUUAUUCAAUGGUCAAAUUUUACUUUUAAAAAAAUGAGUUGAUUUUUUUUCCAGAUCAUCACCCCGAAGGUAGUGUUUUUAAGGUAUGUAGGUAGAGCAGAAGAAAUACAAAUGAACUUCAUUUUAUUGUUUAAAAAUAAUAUAUAGAAUAUAUAAAUUUUUAACAUUAUUAAUAUAACUAUUUUGGGAAAUUUUACUUUUGUCAUUGAUUUGUCUACUCUUGAUUUGAUAAUAUUAGCUGCUUUUCAAUCUGUUGAAUAGGAAUGUUUGUAACUUCCCACUACUCUGUGUACAAUGUAAUUGUAUACCUGCCUUGUUUCUAAUUAGACAUACACAUAAAUAAAGUUUAAAAGGGAAUAGAAGUAAUUACAAAAUCAUAAGUCAGAAGCUCUGUAAUAAUUAUUCAUUGCCACAGCAAUAACUCCUAACUCCUACAGUUAGCAAUAACUCCUAACAGUACUUUAGAAAUGGUAUUCACUAUUAGCUACAGCAUAGAUAAGACACACUGUAGAUAUUAUUCUUGAGAUAGUUAUAGUGCCAUAACUCAAAGAGCAGUUCAUAAACAAGCUGAUGAGAAUGAUGUAACCUGGAAUCUCAUAAAUGCCUUCUUAGACUUAUCAAAAUAAUAGGCGCAUGGGAGAAACAAAACCAAAAUCAAACAGUGCAGAGAGUUUACAGUGGAAAGCCACCUCCUUCUAAGCCCCUACCUUAGUCCCUACCCCCAGAAGCAAGGUUUUGAAAAAUUUUUUCUAAUUCUAAUUAUUUUCUGUCCUCCAUCGUGUCUCUGAAUAUUUGCUUCUAUGUUCUUGAUUUAUCAUUUUAGACAAUAUCCACUCUCCCUCUCUAUGAAAGAUGCUCAUUUAUCUUAAUUCUUCCCUCUUCUCUUUACUUCUUCCACUGCUUACAAUUUUAUGUUUAAAUUUUUGUUGAUUACUUUUUCAACUUUAUAUAAUUAAACCCCUAUUUUUGCACCCUCGACUUUAGAUAGUAUCUCUAUGAGGCUGCCUGACAUGAAAAAAACAAUCGGCUGAAAGAUAAUGUCAGGACAGAUAAAAUAAGGGGCCCUGGACAGAACAGCAAUCAUGCUGAGGAUAGAACCGUUUUUUAAAACUCACUGCAAACCCUUGGUGUUUGUGUUCUGAGCUGUGGUUUCUUCUUCUGUUUGUAUUCAUGUGCACAUACACCUCCAUCUACUUUUUAAACUUUAAAUAUAAUACUUAUAUAAAAAGAACACCAAUUAGAAGACUCAGCUCAAUAAGUUAUCAAAGAGAAUAUCUGUGUGACCACUCCCUACAGUCAAGAACAGAACGUGGUCGGCACCCAGGAAGCCUCCCCGAAGGGGAGCGGUGACUGGGAAGCAGUUCCUUCCCAAUCACGGCUGUCCCACCCACCUCCCCAAAGAUAAGCAACCUCAUGACCUCCGUGG